AUGGCACUUUGUUACGGCAGCCCAGUCGGGGGUCGGCUGGCAAAUAGUCCCGGAUAUACACAGCCUAAUGUUUGCCAAGAAGUCAAGCUGAGAAAGGCCAAACAAAAUGACAGCGCACAAUGCCCCCGAGGCUUGAGAGUGUUCACAGAAGAGAAGUCGAAUCCGAGAAAAGCACCAGCGUUUCCAAACACGGAGAAUGCUUUGUGCAGUUCAACUGCCUGUACUAUCGAUGACCAAGGCAUCAAUAGGCAGCUGAUGAUCGCUUUCAAAUGCAGACACAGAAAGAGAGCACAGCAUGACACAGGGCGGGAGGCAGAUGCCAAUGGCCAGCAUGGGAAGGAGCAGCCCGGUGAGCACGGAGCCCAGCAACGGCCACCCUAUUCUCCAAACCCGGGCAAAUUUCCCUGCCAGGGAAUGAAAGGGAACAUGCUGCUGCUCGCUAGUUGUGUGGCAUCGGUCUUUCGCCGUCCCUCGCUAUCGCACGCCAUCACACACCAUCACACACCAUCGCAAGCCACCGCACCCCAUCGCUCGAAAUCUGCAGACAUCUUGAUUUUUCCCGCGCUGUCUGUCAGGUCUCCGUCGCCACUCGACGCCAGGGCGCCGGGCCUUGUGGGCUGUGCUGCUCCUCGGAGGGCUUGGCAGCAGCCAGCGCCCCCUCCUGCAGCACUCUGAUCUGCACCCCCUGAGCGGCGUCCACUGUCCGCGGGGUGAGAAUGCCCUGGCUGAGUGCCGCUGCUUAUGCGCACCGUGGGGAAGGACCCUUCUGUGGGACCCAGUAGAGGGGACGGUCAAUGAGCUCAGCCAGUUCUGAGUUCUGAGAACUGUCUGGCAAAGCGGGUGCAGAGCAAAGCGUGAUUUAGGAGACAGGGGCUGGCCUUGGGGGUCACAUCCUGGCUAAGAUCCUUCAUUCUCCUGAGGGUGACUUUCUGUAAAGUAGGGAAACUGCAAAAGCUCUCCGAGGGCAGAGGCCUUGGCUGUUUUUCUUGAUUUUAAACCCAUAGUGCCUGUCCACGUGUAGAUACUCAGAAUUGGUGGGCUGAGUGUACAGCCGGGGCAUUUUUACCAGAAGUCAGUUUUCCUGUGGACUCUGGGUGGGGACAGAUGGAAUCUGCCUGUGAAGUGAUGAUGGCUGUCAGGGUCCUGGGUACCUUUCUCUUCCCUGGGGAGUGAGCACCCCUUUGGAGAUGUGGCAGCUAACAUGCGAACGUGGGCUCACCUGCCCUUUUUUGCACCUGUAUUCGAAAGUGAUCGUGGGCUGCCUGUGCCCUGGUCAUUGAUAGUGCAGGGAGAGAAAUCGCUGAAAGCGCUUCCCCGUGUUUGGAGGGUCCACUCCUGUCCCUUCCAAACUCUGGAGCUUUCUCACACCUCCUUCUCACCAUCUGUCAAAUGCCUCCUGGCGCUUGGUGUCUGAUGAUUAUUGAGUGCUCCCUGUGCAAGGCUCAGUGCCGGUGUCUGUAAGGCGUUCACCAAGGUGUAUGAGGGUGUGUCCCUGCCUCAGGAUUGGUGGUGGAACCACAGCUACAGCUCUGCUAGUCACACCCUGUGGCAAUUACUGGCUUGAUUGUCUUUGCCUCUAUAUUUUGACCUUGAGGGCAGUGUCUUGAGCUUUUGUUUAAUAUUUUAUUGUAUUUGUUUAGUGACAGGGUCUCACUCUGUUGUCCAGGCUGGGGUGCAG